CGCUCGUCGACCCGCCCGCGCCUCCAGCGGAAGCCGGAAGCACAAGCGGGCCCGCUAGCCCCGCGGCUCCAAACUCGGUGGUCUCGGAGGCUCGGCCGGAUGGGGGAGAAGAUGGCGGAAGAGGAGUUCCCCAAUACAACUCACGAAGGUUUCAAUGUCACCCUUCACACCACCCCAGUUGUCACUACGAAACUGGUGCUCCCGACCCCUGCCAAGCCCAUCCUCCCCGUGCAGACAGGGGAACAGGCUCAGCAGGAGGAGCAGUCGAGCGGCAUGACCAUUUUCUUCAGCCUCCUCGUCCUAGCUAUCUGCAUCAUAUUGGUGCAUUUACUGAUCCGAUACAGAUUGCAUUUCCUGCCAGAGAGCGUUGCUGUUGUUUCCUUAGGUAUUUUCAUGGGAGCAGUUAUAAAAAUUAUAGAGUUUAAAAAACUGGCAAAUUGGAAGGAGGAAGAAAUGUUUCGUCCAAAUAUGUUUUUCCUCCUCUUGCUUCCACCUAUUAUAUUUGAAUCAGGAUAUUCAUUACACAAGGGUAACUUCUUUCAAAACAUUGGUUCUAUCACCCUAUUUGCUGUUUUUGGUACAGCAAUUUCUGCUUUUGUAGUAGGUGGAGGAAUUUAUUUUCUGGGUCAGGCUGAUGUAAUCUCUAAACUCAACAUGACAGACAGCUUUGCCUUUGGCUCCCUAAUUUCUGCUGUUGAUCCAGUCGCUACCAUUGCUAUUUUCAACGCCCUUCAUGUGGACCCCGUGCUCAACAUGCUGGUUUUUGGGGAGAGCAUUCUCAACGACGCCGUCUCCAUUGUCCUGACCAACACAGCUGAAGGUUUAACAAGAAAAAAUAUGUCAGAUGUCAGUGGGUGGCAAACAUUUUUGCAAGCCCUUGGCUACUUCCUCAAAAUGUUCUUUGGCUCAGCAGCACUCGGCACUCUCACUGGCUUAAUCUCUGCAUUAGUGCUGAAGCACAUUGACUUGAGGAAAACGCCCUCGCUGGAGUUCGGCAUGAUGAUCAUUUUUGCUUAUCUUCCGUAUGGGCUCGCGGAAGGGAUCUCGCUCUCGGGCAUCAUGGCAAUCCUGUUCUCAGGCAUUGUGAUGUCUCACUACACACACCAUAACCUGUCCCCGGUCACCCAGAUCCUCAUGCAGCAAACCCUCCGGACGGUGGCCUUCCUGUGUGAAACAUGUGUGUUUGCAUUUCUUGGCCUGUCCAUUUUUAGUUUCCCUCACAAGUUUGAAAUUUCCUUUGUCAUCUGGUGCAUAGUGCUUGUGCUGUUUGGCCGAGCAGUGAACAUUUUCCCUCUUUCCUACCUCCUGAAUUUCUUCCGGGAUCACAAAAUCACACCGAAGAUGAUGUUCAUCAUGUGGUUCAGCGGCCUGCGGGGAGCCAUCCCCUACGCCCUGAGCCUGCACCUGGACCUGGAGCCCAUGGAGAAGCGGCAGCUCAUCGGCACCACCACCAUCAUCAUCGUGCUUUUCACCAUCCUGCUGCUGGGUGGCAGCACCAUGCCCCUCAUCCGCCUGGUGGACAUCGAGGACGCCAAGGCGCGCCGCCGGAACCGGAAGGACGUCAACCUCAGCAAGACGGAGAAGAUGGGCAACACGGUCGAGUCGGAGCACUUGUCGGAGCUCACGGAGGAGGAGUACGAGGCUCACUAUGUCAGGCGGCAGGACCUCAAAGGCUUCCUGUGGCUGGACGCCAAGUACCUGAACCCCUUCUUCACGCGGCGGCUGACCCAGGAGGACCUCCACCACGGGCGCAUCCAGAUGAAAACCCUCACCAACAAGUGGUACGAAGAGGUGCGCCAGGGCCCCUCAGGCUCUGAGGACGACGAGCAGGAGCUGCUGUGACGGAGUGGGACCCCGUAGCUUCUGGGCAGGCUGGGCCGGAGCCUACCACCCGGCCUCCCAAGACCAACACCCACCCAGCAGGGGCGUGAGGCACGUGCAUUUGGCAGCUCUCAGGGUGGAUGGAAGCAGGACGAAGCACAAACCGUCUUAACCCAGGACUUCCCAGGACUUCCUGGGCCUUUGGGGCCAGCUGGCUGCUCCUGGAGUGUCCUCUCCCCACUCCUCGCUGGGCCCGACCUCUGCUCUUGGGGUGGCUUCCCAGCCCGCAGGCGGGGUGAGCACCUGUGCAGGUAAAGUUUCUUCUUCUGCAGCUGGGGGAGCAGUCAUCUGUCUGAGGUGCCUGAGAGAGAGAUCCUGCUGGGGACCUGCCGUGCACGAGUCCUGGGGAGCGCCGUGUGCGGGUUCCGGCACUUCUGGCCACUUCCCUCAUCCCAAGGGCGAGGAGCCAGCACCCUUUCCCUGAGCGUGUCGCGGUGGCCCUGGCCUCAGCAGCAGCAUGUCUCGACUAAGCGGCAGGGUCAGAAGCCUGCAGGCCUCCUGCUCCCCUGCGCGGUGUUGUGCGCGCGCUCACUGAGAAAGAACACCUGAGUGACCUCUCUUUACUUCUGAUGGGCACCUCACAGGCUGUCUCCCUGGGGGGCAGGCAGCUCCUGCCCUUCUCUGGGAACGUUGCGAAUGUUUACACUGGUACCAAGCCCGAGGCCGCAGCCCCUCCCUAGAGCCGCAGUGGAAGCGGCAUCCCCGGUUUUUGCCGGCGAGCCCGCCUGUGAGGUCAGAGCGCCCUCUGGAGGGAACACCUGGGGGCACAGGGUUUAUGCUGGCCAGUCACUGCUGUCUAUUGGAAUUCAGUUUCAAUUCAUGCACUUUUACAAAGAAGCAAGAGCCUAGCAGUCCCCUCCCUGCCCUCGAUUCCUCACCCAGUGGGCCUUGUUUGUCCAGAGGCCGCUUUUCCUGGGCUCUGUGAGGGGGUCUGCCCAUCGUUCACAUGCUGCACCUUCACUGCUCACCAGCAGUUUUUCUUUCCUUCUCCCAGUUUUCUACCAUCUUGGGUCCCGUGGGUCGCCAAAGCACUAGAGCAGGGGCCAGAGCGGCAGUGCCCUGUGCUCCUCCCUGCUGUCCCUCCCAGGGCACCAGUGGCCCGGAGCCAUAUGUGGCUGAGUCUCAGAAGUUCCCUUGUGGCACAGCAGGUUAAGGAUCCUGCGUUACCACAGCUGUGACAUAGGUUGCACCUGCAUCUCUGAUUUGAUCCCUUGGCCCAGGAACUUCCACACGCUGUGGGUGUGGAAAAAACAAAACAGAUGCAUCCAAGUCUCACCUGCCAUCCCCAAGAAGCCACCACUACCCCAGGACUCAGAGUGCUUGCACAUGCUCUUACACACACACACACACACACACACACACCCACACACCCUGCCCGCUCCCUAUGGUCUCAGCCCUGGAGCCAUCUCAAGGUGAAGACCUGGCAGUCACAUCCAGGUGACAUGGAGUUACUGACUCUGGCAUCCACCCCCUCUCUGGCCCUUUACCUGCUGACUUUUGCCCUCUACAGGCCUCUGGCAAUUCCCAUAGGUGGCUCAGGGACCCAGCUGGAGCCCUGGGAUUCAGCAUCCUCUGGGGUGGUUUCACUCAUAUGCAUGGCCUUGGUUCUCUGUUGAGGACACAGACGCCAGCAGAGACCCUGGGCUGGCAGCAAGUUUGUUUCCAUCUUUUUUCUGUGUCAGGCAGCGUGGCUCUGGAUGUGAGCAAGGACUGACCUCAGGACCCUCCAGGACUCACAGGCCCAGCUCGCGAGGCCAGGCCCUGGCCCUAAGGCCUUCCCUUUCCCCAAAAGUGUACACAAUGGGGAAAGGGAAGCCAGGCAGGCAGGCAGGAAGCACAGUUUCCUUUUUAUGCAUGAGAAGUAAAUUUGCACUUCAUAGAACUAAAAUGAUUUUUCUUUUUGUAACCUCCCACCUUAACCCCAUAAUUUGAGCCAAACAGGAUUAUUUUACUCCACCUAAUACCCCACUGGAAGAAUGAUGCUGUGCGUUAAGUCUGGUCUCCAUCAUUUCCUAUUUCUUUUAAGUGGAAAGUCAGAGAAGCAGUCAUACCGUGGCGGGUAGGGGCAGGAAUCAGAGACCAGUCUGAUUCGGAGUAACUUCCUUUUCCCUCUGAAACUCAGUCUCAUCUCCGAGGUGUAAGUUGCAUUGUAAACUCAAUAGUGUGCCAGAAAAGAAGUCUUUUUGGCUGAGUUCAUAAAGUCCUAUAAACACCAUCUUUUCA